AUGAUCAAGACGCUGCCGAUGCGGCUCUCGCGAAGGCCCGCCAGAGUGCUGCUUGCCGGCCUCCUUUUUGUCUUCUUCAUCCUAACACUGACGCGGAGUCGGCAUGCCGGCGGACGGCACUCGAAGACGUACCAGCGCAAGACGAAGAGCUUCUUCCCGCCGCUGAGGAAGAAGGGCGGCGUCGACCCCGACUACUGCGAGAACUUCCCGACGCAGCUCCUCGAUGAUAUCCAGAUCGUAUUGAAGACGGGCGCCGGCGACGCCGCGAAGAACAAGGCACACCUCGCAACCGUCACUUCCUGCAUUACAAAUCUGAUCGUGGUCUCGGACCACGAAGAGAAGAUUGGCGACCGCCAGGUCAUCGACAUCCUCGCUGAGCUCCCCGCCUCGUACGCCGUCAACAACACCGACUUCCAGGCCUAUGCCGAACACAAGAAGGCCCAAGCCGAGGGCGAGACGGUAAACUACUCGCGCGAGGGCUGGCGGUUAGACCGCUUCAAGUUCCUGCCCAUGGUGGACAAGGCCUAUGCGACGAACCCCAAGGCGAAAUGGUUCGUCUUCCUUGAGUCCGACGUCUACUUCUUCUGGGACACGCUGUUCCGCCUGCUCGACCAGCUCGACCCGACCGAACUGCACUACAUGGGCUCUCCUGCCCCCGGCGCGAACGACCUACGGUUUGCAUACGGUGGCGCUGGUUUCGUCCUUUCUCAAGGCUUGAUGAAGAAGCUGAUUCCGCCGAAGACGGUCGCGACGGAGGGGUUGGACACACGGCUGAGCGUUCGGUAUGAGGACUGGGUGAAAGAGGAUUGUUGCGGGGACGCUGUGCUUGGCUAUGCCAUCUACAAUGCCACCGGCGUAAAGCUGGAGGCGCUGUAUCCGACAUUCGCCGGCGACGAGCUUAAGAAGAUGGUAGUGGACAAGGAGCGAUGGUGCGUGCCGCUGCUCUCCAUUCACCGCGUGCAGCCUGAGCAGAUGGAAGGGAUAUGGAAGUGGGAACGAACAAGGCCAUACAAUCAGAAACCGUUUGUGUUCUCCUCCCUCCUCGCCUACACACACUCGUUCCUCAAAGAAGGCCCCACCCGCGAAUUCUGGGACAACCUCUCCGAAGCCCCCGUCCGAAAAGACAACGCCGCAAAAAACGCCAACGCCUGCGCCUCCGAAUGUUCCAAUGAUCCCAAAUGCCUGCAAUGGUCCUACUCGCAAACCGUCUGCCGCUUCGCCAACUACAUCAAGCUCGGAAACCCUGUCGACAAGGAGAACGGCGGACAGGGCGAGUUCACCUCCGGGUGGGAUCUGAAGAAGAUGGGCGAGCUUGGCUUCAAAGUCGAUGAAGACAGCGACAUUAACGAUACGUGUAUGGAAGCGACAUGGUUAACGCCGACGAUACAUACGAGCAAGCAAGCACAAUAA